AGUCGAGCAUGGCUGAAGUUUCGGGAAGAAGCUUGUCAGUAGGUCUAAUUUUAAGUUUCGGUAUUGGCGUAGGAAUUGGUACAGUAUUAGGAUACAAGAUAUUCAGUUGGAGAAAGAAAAGGCUGCAAAAUAAGAGGUUUGAAUUGUCGAAGCAAUUGAAAGGUGUCAGUAAUGAAAUUGAUGCAUUGUAGUGGCUAGACCCAGGGUCACAUUGAAGUCAAAUAGCACAAGAUUUACCUUUAAGUUGGAAAAAUGUCUGAGGCCACUGAAUCAAACAGACAGUGUAAAACGAUUCUUCCCGCCAUAUUGGUUCACGGAGGAGCGUGGGCAGUUCCCGAUAGUUUACGAGAUGCAGUUAACUGUGGGAUUCAAAGAGCAGUACGAAAAGGUUAUGAAGUUCUCCUGGAAAAAGAUUCUGCACUAGAUGCCAUAGAAGAAGCUGUUCGAGCCUUGGAGGAUGAUCCAUGUUUUAAUGCAGGUACCAAAGGUCAUGACACUGUUGGGGCUGUAGCAGUGGAUUCGUUGGGCAAUGUCGCUUCGGCCACGUCCACAGGUGGAAUCACUGGAAAAGAAGCUGGAAGAGUCGGUGAUUGUCCAUUAGUAGGUUGUGGUAGAUAUUGUGAUAACAACAUUGGCGCAGUGUCAUCAACUGGACACGGUGAGUCCAUCAGCAAGGUGGUCCUAGCUAAAACUAUCAUUAUGUACAUGCAACAAGGAUUGAGCUCUCAAGAAGCAGCUGAGAAAGCACUGUCUGUCAUGACCCAGAGAGUUCAAGGGUCAGGAGGUGUAAUAGUGGUCAGCAAUACCGGUGACAUAGGAAUUGCAUUUACAACUGAGCGAAUGUCUUGGGCUUCAAUGCAGAAUGAUCAGUUGUGUUACGGACUGGAUCCUGGUGAAAAUAAUAUUGCUACAAUAAGCAAUAUAUGAAACUAGUUAUGCUGUUCGAAUGUUCAAUAUUUAAAGGCUCCUAUAAAUUUAAUGCCAUUAUUUUUUAUAAGAUUGUUCAAUUUCAAAGUAGAUACAAAUAUAUUUUAGUCAUUUUAAUACAAUUAAAAGCAAAUAUGUCAAUUGUCUUAAAACCAAAUUGCAACUCUUUUGAAGUUGACAUUUAGAAAUACUCACCAAAUUCCUGUAUGUAUCUAUAUAAAUGUCAUUUAGUGGAUUUUAUGUAAAUAUACCAUAUAUUCUUGCGUAUAAGGCGAUCUGCAUUUAAGACGAUUCUAGAGUUUGAAAAGAUUUUUUUUUAUGGCGGCGUGUAAGACGACCCUCUGUUUCACCUUCGAAAUUCAUACUUUUUGCUGCUCUUUAUGGUCUUUCGCAUCUAGCUGGCAAAAAAACAGAGCAUCAAAUUUCACUGCAUCUAAAAUUGUGUUCAUUCAGCUUAAAUAGCUCAUCUUAAAUUUUUAAUUUUUAAUUUGCAUGUUAUGGAAAAUCCGAAUAAAAAAAUGUGUAUGUAUUGCGCAAUGUAAGACAUCCCAUCUUUCGAUCGUAAUUUGCUUUUUUAAGUUUCAUUGUGCAAGAAUACAGAGUAAUUAAACUUCAUAUCUAUUUCAA